ACAAAGUACAGACGAAUGCCAGGUCACCAAGGAAGCAAAACACAGAUAUCAAUCCAAAUUCCAAAGUCAAAACAUGUUCCUCCUUUCUCCAUUGUAGAAAUUUCACUAUUAGAACUUUCUUGAAAACUCCGACAGCUAAUUUCUGAAUUCAAUCAUUGGAAAUGAGUGAAGACAGCAAGGACAGUCAUCACCACCACUUCCUACCCCACCACCACCACCGCCACGAAGGAGACCAACCACCGCCUCCUCCCCAUGAAUAUGGAACUUUUCAAGCACCUACCAGUUACCCACCACAUCAACCGGUGAUCGGUUUUCCUCAGCCAGUUCCUCCACCUGGCGUCACCGCAUCAUCACCUGAAUAUUAUGCUCAUGGUUAUCAGGCUGUUCCAGGUUAUACUGUUUCUGAUCCUGAGGGAAGACCUGAAAGAGAGCAUCGCCUUCCUUGCUGUGGUAUUGGUCUUGGCUGGUUCCUGUUCAUAAUUGGCUUCUUUCUUGCUGGAAUCCCUUGGUAUCUUGCUGCUUUUGUCCUGCUUUGUGCACAAAUUGAUCCUCGAGAGAAACCAGGAUACAUUACAUGCACCAUUGCCGCUGUUCUUGCUACUUUUGUCCUCAUAUUUGGUCUGUCAAAGACUUGAUUCACGGGAUGUGACCAAUCGGUAUGCUAUCUGGCUUGAUUAAUGUGUAUUCUUUUCGAGUAUCUUGUAAAAAUUGCAUCUUUGAUUUUCUUCUGUAUAUGAGUGAAAGAUUUGAACACUGUCAUGUUCUUUUAAGAUCUGCUUGUGAAGAGUGAUUGUGAUUUUAGUAGUGGAAACAGUAUGCAUUUGUAAUUACUGGUAAUCAAUUGAAUUUUAUUAUAUAUUGCAUCAGAACUCUCCAGGAAUAGUGAA